AUGAUAAAGGAGGGAGAUAACAUUAUAAUUUACGAUUUUAGAUGUGGAAAGCGUAUUGUGAAGGUUGUGCCUGAUAGAUCAUUGUACAUUAACAAACAACUUUUGGAGUUAAAAUUGUUAAUUGGUACGGAAUUGGGUUGUAGUUAUGAAUGGGACGGUGAAAACUGGCAGGUGGUGGAUCGUAUAGAGGAAGAUGAGUUUGAAUUUGUCUUUGACGAGUACUCAUCAUCUGAAGAUGUAUUAAAUUAUUACAAUUCUGAGUUUGUAGGGGAUAAUCGCAACAUUUAUGAUGAUAAUGCAUCGCAACAAUUGACAUCAGCUGAAAUUGACAUUUGGCGUAAUGUCACAAAUGGUGGGAUGAAGUUGGUUAAGCACAUAGCUGAUAAUUCUAAGAGUUUGGGUAAUAAACCCAUUUUUUCCCGUGAAAAAUAUAUUAAUAAGAAGAAAAGGAAAUAUAUAAAUGCAUUUAAGACCAUGCGAGCUACGUUGUACGACGUAUGCGAUUCCUAUUGGAUGAGAUAUCCUUCAAAGAUAGGAUUUGUACGACCAGAUUAUCUAGCAAACAUACUUUACUCUGCUAAUUUAACCUCAAAUAGCCAAGUGAUGGUGUUUGAUCAUUCAAUGGGUUUGAUUCUGGCGGGGGUGGCUCAGAGAUUAUUUCACAAUAGUUCAAUUUGUGAAUCAAAUGGUUUAAUCUAUCCCUUAGUGGCAAAAGGGGUUAGUGAUAAGAUUUUGCAUGAAUGUAAUUUUAUACAACCUACAUUCUACCCAAUCGAUCUUAAGGAGUUGAUCAAUUCUCUCAACAAUAUAAAUAUUGACAUUGAAAAAAGACCGCGAAGCUACCAUGAUGAAAAUGUCAGUAGGAUAAAUCCCAAACGAAAUUUACUAUAUCCAACUCUGGCAGUACCUGCUAACAUGUAUAUAGAUAAUAUUAUCGCUACAAUAUCUUAUAUUAAGGAUGCAGAUGUGGAUGUGCUGGUUGAACAAAUUGUCGCUGUUAGUGAUAAAUUGUUGAUACCCAGUGGUACAAUAGUGAUAUUUUGCCAACAUAUACAACCCCUUAUUGUACAACAAGCCCGCAUGACAUCAAGUGGCAAUUAUGUGCAAGUAAGAUUGGAGGAGUUGUUUCAUCGGGAGUAUCAAAUAUUACCUAGACGAACCCAUCCAUUUAUGAAAUUGGACAGGUUAUGUACGGGAUUUAUUUUAUCUGCUAUUAAAAUAUCUUCUGACGUAGUUUAA